AUGAAACCCUGUCAAAAAAUGGAAGGAGCACCUGAGAAUGAGAGUGAAACAAAGUUUGAGGAAGAGCCAACUCCUGAGGAAAAAACAGAGGAGAAGGAAGAACCAGAAGAGGAGGGCAACACAGAGGAAUCUUUCAGAGAAAGGCUGAUUCAGUCUCUCCAGGAAUUUAAAGAAGAUAUCCACAAUAGGCAUUUAAGUAAAGAAGAUGUGUUUAGAGAAGUGGAGGAAAUGGAAGAGAUAAGGAGAGUCAGAAACAAACUUAUAGUGAUGCGUUGGAAGGUUAAUAGAAAUCAUCCUUACCCUUAUCCUUAUUUAAUGUAA